CUCGUCAACGAGACACAUCGGCGAUAAAACAAUCGCCGGAUGACGAGAGAAGGCACCACACCAUCACUGGCUCGUCGACGUUCUCCAGCUUCCGGUGACCCCUCCCCCUGGCCCCACCGUUUCGUCGGAUGAAAAACAUUUUCACUCGCAGGGCGAGGAUUCAGAGGGUCGAGGGGACGUCCCCACCUUCGGCUGUUCUUCGCCGGUAAAAUACGGAAAAGUGCCGCUAUUCCUAACCCAAUCGUGAGUUCCUGGGUGCAACGGGAAGAGGACAUCGAUCGAGAUUUAGUGAAGACAAUGGACAGGAAACAAAGGAUGGAGGAGGUAAUGGUGGCAUUGCGAUCCUGCCUGACGUCGGCAAAGGGGGGUGUGCCCCUCCACAACCUCAACACGGACUACAGAUCAGUCCAGGGUGAGGACAUACCCUACAAGGACCUGGGAUUCGCCACCAUCGACGAUUUCCUCGCCCAGGAUCCGAGGAUUCGUCAGCACAAAAAGUCUGGGGUGAUGUACGUCGAGGUUCUUCCGAAUGAGAGCACAGUUCAUCUGACAGCCCUCAUCAACAAGCAGAAGACAUCCAAGAGGAAGCCAUCGAGGAUGGAGACGAUGUCCAGACAGCCGAUGAUGAGUGCCAACAGCCAGACGAGACAGAGGUACCAUCAGGGCUACAAUAACAAUCAGCCUCAGUGCAUCAGGAGAAAUCAUCAGCCUCAAACGUCUGGGACACACCCAGGUGGCAGGAAUAGCUUCUCCAGAGGCAGUGGACCAUCAGAGGUGAGAAGCUACCCCAGAAGCAAUGGGCACAGCGAGUCAGUGAGGUCCCAUCCAAGAUCUUCAGGACAUACUGAGAGACAUGUGAUAAUUAACCCAUCAAGAGCUGGUGGCAAGGCAGAGGUACCAGUGACAGUUUAUCCAGCGCCUGUUAAGCCAGAGCCAAAAGUGACGACUUAUCCAGCAUUACCAAGGGCAGAGGUAGUUCCAGCUGUGAGAGCUCAUCCCCAGAAUAUUCAGGUGAACGUUAAUAUUUCGAGGCCCAAAUCUCCUCCAUCUCAGGCUUUCCAGGAUCGGAAUGACAAUGGGGUCAGGGUGAGUCCACCUCAAACACCUCGACUUACUCGGUUUGAUGGAGAUCGUGGGGAGACUGGCAUCAAAGUGAUCAAUCCCCCAGGGGAUCAAGGCAAGGCCCUUCGGAAGGGUAUGAAGUCCCUCAGUGAGAGACUGAGGAGAUCGUCCCCUGAUCAUUCAAUUGAGAAUGUCGUCAUUUCCUCGGCUGCUGUCAAGACUGAGGACUCCAAUCCCCUCAUUCCAUCGGUCCUGGAGGACCCCAGGGAGGCCCUAAAGGCCCUCGCGGACAGACUGAACCUCUCCGAACCGAAGUAUACGACUGUCCACGUGGGACAGGGGGGAAAGCUCAAGAUCUUCAGUAAAGUCGAGGUGGGCGAACACAAGUUCAAGAGUUAUCCCUUUGAUGCUGUUGAUGAGACUGAUGCUGCUCAGCUGGCAGCUGUAUCUGCCCUCAAGGAACUCCGUCGAUUGUAUGAGACACCAGAGGAGGUGAGGAUCACGGAGGACAAGGGCCUCGUCAUGGAGAGGAUUCUGGAAAUCGUUGAUCGACAUCCAAAUGGUGUCUUCAGGGAUCGAUUGCCAGGAUUUUAUAAGGAGAUUAAUGGCGAGGGGCUACCGCAGGACUGGGUGGUGCUUGUUGAACAGUGCGAGCAACUCAUGAUGGAGAAGGGAGUCGACAAUUCGGUGAUAGUGUGCAGGAGACUUCAAAUCCAAAGGGUGAAAACCUCCCCUUCGCCGAGGUGUGAGCACCCCCUCCUCAAGCCCCCCACGGACAGUCCCACUCCCCUUGUGUUACCCUCGGGGAUCCUCUGGCCGGUGUACGUCUCUCACGUUGCCUCCACCGCCGACGUGUGGAUACGCCUCCUGGAGGACGAAUACAACGAAAAAUUCUUCAAAAUGUCUCAGCACCUCAACGCCCACUACGCAACCGUCACCGAGUCAUCACCAUCAGUUGCCAUUCUCAAUCACUACGUGACGAAGGUGAACGACGAGCUCCACAGGGUCAGAGUGGAAGCUCUGGACCCGCUGACAGGCGACGCCGAAAUAUUCUUCAUCGAUACUGGUGACACCGACGUUGUCGAUCCCUCCAGGCUCUUCCCAUUGGACAAGAAAUUCCUCGAUGUACCUCCACAGGCCAUCAGAGCCUGUCUGUCUUCUCUGGAAGAUAUCGCUGUCUGCGAUACGACAACUGAUAUUGCUGAGAAACAUCUGCUCGACAGAACUUUCUACAUGCAAGUCUGUAGCCGAGGGGAUGAUGAACUCAGUCAUGUGGUGGUGGGAAUUUUCUAUGAUACAAAUGGGGAAACCGAUGUCAACGUUAACGAGAAGAUUUCGAUGGAACUGGAGAGGAUUAUGGAACUGUCGAAACCUGAGGCACAGGUCACCGUCAAGGGACGACUCCUGGAGGUGUUUGUAUCACAUGUCCAGCAGAAUGGAGACGUUUAUCUGCAGGUAAAUAACGAUGGCAUGACAAUCUUGACUAGUAUGCUCAACUCCCUCGUGGAACACCUCCUAGAGGACGAGGUAAUCGUAAACAGUGCUGUCAUAAAGGGAAAAUUCCAUCCUGACGAGGUGUAUCUUGCUCAAACACCUAAUGGCAACUGGGUGAGGGUCCAGGUAUCCCCCACCGCCCAUCCCAACACCAUGAGAUGCAUUGACUCUGGGGAAUUAGUAGCGGUGGACCUCGGGAAGGUCCUCAGACUGAAGGACCUGUCAAAAUCUCUGGCAAGAUUUCCACCCCAAGCCAUCAAUGUGGAGAUGAAUAAUUUUGGGAGGACGAGGUUCAACGACAGGGUGGCCUGCAGAAUGAGGGAAAUUGCUGCACCUGGGGAUGUUUUGUUGUGCAAGGUCGUCCAGGUGCCGGUGUUUGGGAGGUCCACUGUUGUAGAGCUGUUCAAGAGAUCUCAGCCUGAGAAUCUGUUGAUAUCGAUUAAUAAUACUCUGGAUCUGGAGCCUGAGGUGAUCAAAUGUGGGGAUGGCAACAAUAAUGUCAGGAAGAAGAGGCUGGAGAGGAGGGGGAGCAGGAGUAGUGACGAGAUGCUGAAGCCUCCGAAGAUUCCGGGUGUUGGUGAGUGCUUCAAUGUGAGGGUCACUAACCUGGUGCCCAGCCCCUGGAAUUUUGUCGUACAACCGUUUGAGGAGCAGCCAAAACUUGACGCGAUGAUGGAAACUCUCCAGGAAACGUACAAAAAUCUUUACGUACGUAAUUUAAUGAUGGAAGAGCUGGAGAAGGGAAAAGUUUAUGCUGUGAAAAAUCACGACGGUUAUUGGUAUCGUGCAUGUAUUAAUCAAGUUUUGGAUGAACAAUCUGUAUCGGUCCAUCUGUGCGACAUGGGAAACAUCAUUGUCGUCACAUUGAGUCAGGUGCAACCACUGAAAAGUGAAUUCUUCAAUCUACCGUAUCAGGCUAUUAAGGCUAGGCUAGUUGGUGUUCAACCGAUAGGCGGUGAUUGGUCUCUCCCAACGUGUCUACAAUUCCAAAAAUUAGUUGUUAACAAGAAUUUCGCAUCCAUAAUUAGACGAGUAGACAUCGACGAUUCCACACCAUCGGAGACAGUUGUGGCUUUGGAAUUAAUUGACGUAGCUUUGGAGGAUCAAGACAUCUACAUUCACAAGAUUCUCAUUGAUGAGCGAAGGGCCCUACCAGAGGCUCUCUAAACUACAUAGCUGGAGAGAAAAUAUUUAUUUACAUUAAUUUAUUUAUUCAACACGUUAGGAUUGAGCAAUCAGUAUCUCAGUGUGUAGAAAACCCUUGAAAAAAGGGCCUCAAUCUUUCAAAAAUCUCAAUUCCUCAAAAAACUUAUAAAAUGUCGAAAUUGAAAUCAUCACUUCCAGUUAAUUUUCAAAUUAUCUCGUUAGGAAACGAUUUUUUAGAGAAAAGUCAUAUGACAUCUUUUGGUGCGAAUUUAACGCUCCACAAAAAACGUUCUCAGAUGUUUUUGCGUAAAACUAAUGGUUUUCGAGAUAAAUGCAAAAUUAACAGAUCGAAGUAAGAAAUUCGAUUUUUAACAUUCUUCAAUUCUCGCUUAAGACUAGUUCGAGUAAUCAAAUCUCGUGUGAUUAUCUUCGAGGUAUUGUUGAUCUAUUGAAUAGAACAUCCAAUACUGAAACAUUAGAAUAAGUGUAAGAAAUCAUUCAUUAAUCAAAUUAUUUUCUGUUAGAAAACAUUUUUAAUGAAAGAUCGACUUUUUUUGUUAGAACAAGAUUUUACGAAAAAAAAUGUAAAAAGUUACUCUUUAUCAAGGUAACUUCAGAAUCAGGAUAAACUAGGAAUUCUCGCUCGACUUUGACGUUAUUAAUUAACUAAUUAUCUCGUGAGAAAAUUGCAAUCAAUCAGAGUCCUUGUGUAUCGACUUUCUUCAAUGAUUAACAGCUUAUUAAGAAUUUCUCCUGUAAGAUUUUGUAGAUUCGGAGAUUAUUUAUCAUUUUCAGAAUGAUAUGGGCUGUGCUAGAUCGUGGAAUGAAUCCAAUAUUUCAAUUUGGUGAUGAUUAUUCCUAAAGAUGAGAAAUGUGAAGUUUCAAAAGGAAUUUUCAUUUUCAUUAUUUCCAUCUUCUUCAUUCAUUGUCAAUAUUAAUUAUUUUAUCAGGGGACUUUGAUCAGAUUAUUGAUCAAUUAUUACUAAUCUAUAGGCGAGUAAAGAUCAAUCACAACCAAAAUGUCCUUCGUUGGUCGACCACAAGUCGAAAAUAUUUACUGUAGUAUUAGUAUAUUAUUCGAUAAUGAGAAAUUAGACUUGAAUAAUUUUGAUUGUAACGUUUUAGAAUUAAUCAACAAUUAGAAAGGCGUAUUUUUAACGAUGAAACAGUUAAUAUAAAGAUUAUUAAUUACUACUGGUAAUUUUUAGACGUAGGAAGAAAUCUCUGAUGUAGGUGCAUUUAAAAUUUAUAUAACAGUUUAAUAAAUUAGUAUAAAAAAAUAAAACAA